AUUUAGGAGUAGGUUAAAGGUGCUUUUGAUGUUACCGUUUGUUAUGCCUCUCCUAUUAAGGGAGAAAGGCAUAACAAGCGGGGUAAGCGAGCACUAAUAGAUGAACUACCUCUAAUAGAUGAACUACCGGACUGCGACGCUUACAGCUUUAGUCCGGAAUCUGCAGACGCGAUUCGCAACGGGAUGUAUCAAUUCAGGGAAUUCCGAAGAUUUCAGAAACCACCGAAACCAACUGGGACAUCUAAGGAGGAUCAAGGAAGUGACACAGAGGAGGAGCAUGAAACGCCGGCGCCGGGGCAGGUAGUCAACGAUGAACCAGAUGAUUAAAUACACAAUCUUCACGACUACGGAACCCCGAUACUGAAUGAUCAACAACGGCUCCAGCAUCUACUUCUCAUUCACUCAUUACAUGCAUUCGUCAGAGAAGAAAACAUGGCAAUUUUAAUUUACAAUUUAGUACUUUCUUCUAUUCUCUCCAAAAUCUACCUCUUGUCUCUCCAGCAUCUACUUUCUUCUAUUAUCUCGAAAAUGAUCAAUCAAUGAAUCAAUCAAUCAAUCAAUCAAUCAAUCAAUCAAUGAAACAAAUGCACGCCAGGCAACAGGAGGCGCCGCUUUAGCCGCUUUGCAGCAGAAAUCACGUGGGCGACCGCGCGGGCGCAUGCCGCAUGCGACCAUCACAAAGGAUUUCGAACUUGUAGUCAAGGAGAUUAUUAUGCAGAGCGCGCGCGGUGGUGAGGGCAUUUUGGUUUUCUUGCCCGGUAUUGGCGAGAUCACAGAGUUGCAUGAUCAACUCUUGCCUCUAGAGCAGAUCGGAACCAACGCCAAAGGCAGUGGAAUCGAGUACCGGAUCUUUGUGCUGCACUCUUUGAUCCCGAAGGACGAGCAGGAGAGUGCGGUGUUCAAGGCGCCGAGCGAAAAAAUUUGCCACGUCAUUUUGGCGAGUAACAUCGCAGAAUCAUCGCUGACCAUUCCGAAUAUCAGGUAUUUAUUUUCGAUAUCAACGACCUUUAACAACUUCUGGCUCAUUUGGAUGUGGAGGAUGUCCUGGCUACAACAAGAACAACAAAGGUCUACUAGAUUGUAGUUUUCCUCGUUCACAAAUAACUACCUGCUAGUAUUUAUUCUUAUAAAUAUAUCAUUUGCAUUUAAUUGCGUUGCUUUUAUUCAACAUCCUAGGAUAAUUCUUGUAUCUUUAUCAGUUAUCUUCAUGUUUCCACACCAUAAAAAACACAGAUACGUGAUCGACUUCGGUCUGCGUCGUCAGUUGGUCUACGAUUCCCGUCGCCACAUGUCCUGCCUUUCCACCACGUGGGUGUCGCAGGCCAGCGUGAAGCAGCGCAUGGGCCGUACGGGUCGCGUUUUCGCCGGAACCAACAUUCGACUGUAUACUCGCGGGUUCUAUGAGUCGCUUCCGGAAUUCGAUGCGCCAGAAAUGGAAACCGCGCCUCUCGAGAAGCUCUACGUCAACGUCAAAUUCUUAUUAAGGCUCAACAUUAUUAUUUAUUAUUAGGUUCAACGUCAAAUCAUUAUUAUUAGGUUAUUGGGUUAACGUCACACUCUUGGUCAUUGACCAAUUCCUUCCGCUGAAGAUGCAUCCUCAACGCCAUCCUUGGCUUCUUUUUCAAGGGGAAACGGACUCAAGGAGGGGCUCAAGGAUGCGACGUGGUAGCUCUAACCUUAGCAGCGAAGUUACCGCCAUUUCCGAUUGACCCUGGUGGCGUGCCUCGAAAGUUGAAACCACGAGAGCUCUUGCGGCUGACGGCGCAGCCACCUGAUACGACCGCCUUGGAAAGGUCAGUGGCGACACUGGUUGAGAUGGGCGCACUCACUAGCAAUAGCGAAGAAGCGCAACUCUCUUUGCUGGGGCACUUGAUGCUCACUUUGCCACUUGACAUUUACCUCUGCAGAUUGGUGGUCUAUUUAUGGAAGGACUACUUUUGAAACUACUAUCUUCACGACGGUCCUCUUCGUCUUACAAAGCAAGUCGUCUAGUAACUACUAGUACAACGGCAACAUAAUUUCCCUCAUCAUCUAAUCCUUGGCGCUCUUUUCGGUUGUGUCGCUGAUGCUAUCGUCAUUGCCAGCGGCCUGUCGACGCAAGACCCGUUUACGCUUCCUACCCACCUGGUAAUCAAGGACCAGACGGAGUAUGCGCAAGCUGUGAAACGGAGUUUCCUUUCCAGAAAGCAUUUUGACGCUGGUCAAUACAGUGAACCUCUGAUGCUCCGCAACAUGUUCGUGCAGUGGAUGGUCGAUUUCUACGAUUUCAAGGAAAAGCAGGUUGCGCAUCGUCGUGGUUACGUGCAGGAGAACCAUCGUGCCAGCUUCACCAAGUUCUCCCAGAAUUUCGCCAGAAGCUAUGCGGUCGCACCGAAGCGUUGUGUGCACUUGUGCAUGAACGUGCUGGAUACCGCGACUCGCUUCAAAAAGUUCAUCCACAAGGACUCGCAAUUGUACGACGACAUCUCUCGCUUGAUCUACAUCUUGUCUCCCUACUACUACGAGGAAGCGAAGCCGAGCGACCUGUUCAACACCUCGGGACCAAUCUUGAAGAGUCUCCUGCUUGCGAGCUUUUCUCCGAAUCUGCUGAUCGGAAACACGAAGCUUCGCGAUGGAGAAAAUCCCAAGCGGAAGAAGGCAGGGUACUUAUACUAACUGUAGAUGAGGAUGUAACGAUACACGAGGACUACUAGGAAGAUUCAUGUGUUAGUACGUACUUAUAUUUAACAGAAAGGCAACAUGCACUAGGACGAAUCUUCCCAGCGUCAACAAAGUGAAAGUUAAUCCUUCAUAAUCCAAGAAACGACCACUCUUGUAUGAAUUAUGAACACUAGGGCUGACAACCUGAACGCGAAGGAAAGUUUAAUGCAAGAUAUGCUAAUGAAGGGUAUUGAUCCGCGGCGAGCAGUUCAAAUUGUAUUAGAGAUUCCGAAGGACAUCGAGAGCCGAGAAACGAUGAAGGAAGAUUUGCAAGAAACGUUUUCGCAAAUUAUGGCGUGUGAUCCGCGGGACAUCAUUAUCAACCUGGAACCGGAUUGGAAGAAACUCUAUAUCGAAUUCCGAACCGAGUCGCAGAUUGGUACACCAGAGGAAACCGGGAACGCAUCCACACUGCAAGACCAUCAAGGCGACUAUUACAACUAGUAAUUAUUAAAGCUAUCCUUGCAGCUGCACUUCUAUUCAUUUUUACACCCACCAACAACAGCGCCACGGAUUGUCUCUGAAGGUCAAGCUAUUUCCCCGAGCAGGCGCAGCCCAACGCUUCAGGCAGGCGAGGACGAUGCGGGGCCCCGCGCUUUGCAGUGGGGUACCAUUGCCACGCCAGUGCUAAACGCUGCCGCGCCCCUCAGCUCGUGGGCCCUGCUGUCGCUCUCGCGUGCCAUUCAGAUGAGUGAAGGCGCGCAAAGCGUAAAGCGGCAGACAGCGGCUCACCCGUGGCCUGCCAAGCCCGCCGCCGCGUCAGCGCGGAGGCUGCCUGACGGUUUGCCAAGACAUUCGCUCCGGGCCGUUCGCAGAGGCUUCAGUGAAUCAGCGAAGCUGCCCGAGCAGGCGCGCAGCCAAGCAGAAGACUAGACCACUAGCGGACCGGACAAGUUGCGCGGCUGAAUGUUCAGGAAUCCACUGGGGCCCUUGUUGUCGCUUCGCCUCUACCUCUGGCCGCGCAAAGCGCUGCGCCGCACCACGACGGAGAGACAUGCAAGGCGGACAGCUGUCGCGGCUGAGUAUGUCGCUGAAGGGUGGAGCGCUCGCGGAUUAAGAUUGUCCCCGCGUCGCUGCAGGAUUGCGCUGACGAAUUAGACGGCGCGAAUUGCGUAGUCAGUGAACCGAGCGCCCAAGCGCGGAGAAGCGUUUGCAAGCAGUGAAAAGCGUCACAGCCGGCGCUUUCUUCUGCGGGGCGCGAGCUUGUCCAAAUGGCCCGCGUGUUGCCUAGCUUAGUGAGGACCUCGAACAUGAUAAGGCUGAGGGAUGGCCAUGGCUUUGGUUGACUCUUUUGAAGGACGAAGCUGGCGACGCUUCCGGUGCGAGUGGUCUCGGUUUUCGUUGCGGCGAGCUCUCUUGUUGCGAGCUCUCCCCUAGAGCUAGAGGCCGCGCGCCAAGCAGAGACGCUGUUGGGGCGAAGUGGCUAGCGGUUUUGGCGUUGUGCUUGCUCGGGCUCUUGCCUGGACUGGUUGGUGGUUCUUGUUUGGGGGCGGUCUCAGUAGUCUUCACACCCUCAGGCGCUUGGGCUAAAUCUUCAGCCAUCGCGCCGCUGGCCUUUUGUUAUUUGAAAGGGGUCCAUCGGGGCCCUCUGGCGAAAGGGGGGAAGUUAGCGCGGCGCGCCACUCUUGGCAAGUGCGGCCAGUUUGGGUGUUGUGCUCUUCCAUGUUUGGAAUGCACUGGAGAAGGUUAGUAAGGAUUUGAGGACGCAGCGCGAGACCUGUUCUUGACCUUGAGAAGCGUAAAGUCUCUCGGGAGAGUUGGGCUCUACGGCGUGGGGACAUUCUGAAACGGAAGGGCGUGGCGUGGCUUAUGCAAAAAGCUCCACAGUUGGCGGAACUUUUUCCCCCGACCGCCCAACCCCGGGAGAGGUCGGGCUUAGACUGUCUGACCGGAGGGAGCUCUAUCUUUGCUUCUGCAGCCCGUUCUCUGAUUUCCUUGGCUGCGUCGUUGUUUCUCUUUGGGUCACUAAGUGGAGAGCCGUCGAAAUUAAGGGGGACGGGUUAGCGAUGCCAGAGGGCUGCCUGAUGUCUGGGGGUUAAUUUAUUAGGGCGCGCUUGCGUCUUCAUUUUAGCUUGCUAGUAGCUAGCUCUCGCGAGUUCUUCAGAUGGCCAAAUUGUGCGCGCUCAUUGUUCUUGGAAUGCUAUGUAUAAAUACCUUCAUCUUCAUGCCGAUAUUGCUUCUGUCUUCGUGGAUAGUAACUUAGAGCGAGAGUCGAAAUCUAUCCACCACAGCUCCUCCACUCGCGAUCGCGGAAUUUUUCCCGAGUUGUCCGCACUGUGUCGACAAGAAAACGAGGAUAUCCAGACACUGCCGCUGGGAGCCACGUUAAUCGAUAUGUUUGGUGCUGGGCGUUUCCGCUUUCACGCUCGUUUGGUUGAAGCGACCUUUCAUCAUCAAGAUCGCUACAAUGAGAACAAGCAAAACAACGUGAUUCCACUCGCUAACACCGACUUAGAUGGAACACCGCAAGCUGGGAGGUACUUCCUCAUCGACUAGUGAUCUCUAUCUCAUCUAAAUACAACUUAACACUCUAAAUAAUAGAGGAUGCUGAAGACGAGUAGUAUUUGAAAAGUUUCUUUCCAGGAGGAGAAUUUUUUUACUGACGUAAAGUCUAAUUGAUGACGAGUUGUAGCAUUUGAAAAGUUUCUUGCCAGGAGCUGCAGGAGGACCAGGAAGAUGAAGAAUACUUACACUCGUUUGACUAAGUUAUUAUAGUACAACUUAGUACUUCCUUUCACCUUCGCCAUACUCAAAGAAUAAAUACAUCAAACCUUCACGACUUUCACAUCAGCACCUCUGCUCCGGAGGACCAGCACGAUUGGGUUCAGGAUUUCUACAAUGAAACGCCUGACUUGCAAAACUAUUGGGGUGGAGGUGGUGAGGAUGAGAUCUACCUCAAUUUCUACAAGCCUAUUUCGCCUUUCGAGAUCGUGUGGGACGUCUACUCAAACGAAAACAUGCUCACAACUCGCAGUGUCGAGGAGCUCCGUUCUGAGGAAUACGAGAAGGCCGUAGCACUGCAGGAAGGUGGCAAGAAAGCAAAGAAAAAUUAUGGUCUGCACUGAACUUUGUGCGAGAUCAAUUGCAUUGUACUAGCAGUUGGUUUACUGAAUUUUUCAUCUUCACUAUUAUAUAUAGAAGGUGGAAGCCCGCCCCGUUUUUUCUACUUAGCAGAUCUGUUCCGCCACAAAGAACAACUAUUGAGACCUCCUCUAAUUCCCGGACGUCAUCCGCCUAAUGGAGCAGAUGCAGCGGAAGAAGAUUAAGCCCAUCAAGGGAAAUUGUACCUGGCGAAACGUCCUAGGCGCGUUGACGAGUUGCAACUUAAGCAAGAUGGAACCUGAAUUGAGCCAAUACUUAGACGAAUCUUCGAAUGCCGCAGCACGACGACCGAGGUGGCAACUGCCGCAAAUCCAACCGCCGAUUCCGAAUGAGAUUGUCGCCUGUUACACGUCUCAACAAGGAGCUAGCGACGUGCAGUACACGGCGCAACAGGGAGGCGCGCAGGUACUACAUACUUACUUACUUGGAUUUCAUGACAGAGUCGACGAGGAGGCCACUUCCACAACAAUCUUUUCAGAUUGUAAAACUGGAACUGGAAGGCAGAAAACAACCAUGCAUGACUCUUACUCUUUCUGCGUCACAACUUCUAAAAAAGUAGAAACAACCUGAUAAUGUUCGAAAAUUCAUCUCAGGCAGUGCAAACGGUUUGGCUUGACGGUGUGACGAUUCUGAGUUGCAACUUUUACGAAAAACCAGUUUCCGAAUCCGUCUCCAAUAGUGAGCCCAACGAGUCCUGCGUCGACGCAGAUCCUAAGGCCCAGCUUCCGAGUCUUUACGCGACUGUCCUCAUGCUGGCGUUCUGCCCGAGCAAUUAUGCGGUACUCGUCGAUGCACUCAUGGACAUUUUUGUCGCUUAGAUGAUCAUGAUCGUUCGUUUUGAUUUUGUUGAUGUUCUGUAAUGAUGAUCUUGAUGAUGUAGAUCUAGUUCUAGUAUAUAAUUUGGUUGUGAGUACUACCUACCCUGUAUCAUCAAACGCUCUUGUUCCAAUUAUACAAAACCACAGUCAUUCCCUCAACAACAACAACAACAACAUCCAAUUUAUAGGUGAAUGUGAGCGGCAACUUCGACAGUGGCCGCGUUUCGAAAAUCGAGAUCGGAUCCCAUGCUCCUCUACGCUGCUGUACGCCGGAUAAGUCUGUCCACCUGCAUAUUCGUGACAUCGAACGCGUCAAUCGUCUGAGGAAGAUCAUCAGCGACGCUUUCCUGGGUCGGGACACGAGCAUGUACGAGCAGUGUCUGGAUGCGGCUAAGAGACAGCAAGCAGGCAUAGGCUCAAAGCCUGAUUUGUAUCCGCCAGGGUCCACUCCCUCUGAGUCCAAGGUACGCGACGCCUUCGACCUGCCAGCUACUACCGCUGGAGCCGAUGGUGGAUUGGCUGCGCACAUGCGUGCUGCGACGAAGUCUUCGUCCUACGAGCGCCCUACUGAGACCAACGACUCCGAAGUAGGGGGACUUGAAGUGCCGAUGCUCGUGGACUCGCCGUGCGUGCGGAAAGCACUGGAAGAACUGCUUCACAACAUCGGGGAAGGGCCGAAUGUGUGCAGGGACAUGCCAGAAGACAUCGAAUUCACAUUCAAGAACCUGGACAUCCACAACUUCAAACACUAUUACGAUCCAAGUCUUUACUGUGCAGACGCUAAUCCGAGCAUGGUCACGGGCAUCACACACACAUUCGACGUGCCUACGAGGGUAUUUACUUCAAUAAAUUCUUUGCUUUUUCAAAUUUGGAAUUCGAUUAGAAGCAGUUAAUAAUGUGGGAACCUCAGGAAUUGAUUUCAAUUUAAAGUCGAUAAAAUCAAAAUUUUUGAAUUCAACUUGAAAUAAUCAUCUUGGAAAACCAAAAAUUUUGAUUUUAUUUUGUUUUAAUCAAGUUCAAUUUCUGAUCAAGCAUUUGCUGCAGUGAUUCAUGAAAUUCGAUAGAUUGCAGAUACGUUGUAUCAGCUGCAUUAUUUCUUCGAGAUUUUUAGUCAAUUUUCAGAUGCACCGCAAAUUCACACAUGAGAUCUCUAAUAUGAUUCAUUUUGGAAUAAAAUCAAGAACAUUUGAGAUACACAUUUACAAUGUUGGAAUCAACAACAAUUUCAUAAAAACUUUGAUUUGUCCUCCAGGUGAAACGAGCAAGUGCAUCUGGUCGCGCUAACAAAGACGGUGUCAAGGCCACCACGCCUGGAUCUUCCUCAACCUCUGCACUGGUAGAAAGCGACUACUUCCAACAAUUCUUCGUCAAAACCUACUACAAGAAUCCCUUCUUCAACUGCCCGCACUUGCAGCCGAAGACGCACACCAUCAACAACCCGGAUUACCAUCCGAGUUGGGAGGGCUACGGACCGCAGUAUGGGCCCACGCUGCAGUACACCACCGACCCGAUGAACAAUCUGGACAAUUUUCGACUCCUAAAGCCCGCAGUGAGUCUGGAGGCGCUGCGCGACAUCCGUAUCCGUGUCCUGAAGGAGCAACGAGGCUCGCUCCCGCUGCCGACGGGCGCCGGGCCAACUCCGGUGCUUGGCAAGGGUGGAAAGAACGACAAGGUGAAAAUGCCGCAGAAGCAGGCACAGGCGGAGCAGUUGAUGCGCCCACAAGAGAAGAAAUACCUAGAAACGCUGUAUAAGCAGAUCGCCGGUUUUGACGAGCCGCCAAAAUCAGCCUUGCCGCAGAAAGCAGCGAAGGCGGGUCCAGCUGUGAACAAGCUGAAACCACUUCCAGGCAACAUCCAGGGGUUGGCCACGCAUGUCCUGUCGGGAGCAGCACACGGCGCUCAUCAUCCAGCUGGCGGACCGCCCGGGCACGGCGCGAACGCGCCCAACGCACUAGCACUCCAGGUCCAGAGCACGAUCAAGCCGUUCCAGCAGGUGAAGAAGAAGAAAUCGACCAAGAAUAAGGAGAAGCCGUACGUCAAGGGCGAGCUAACCGCGGCGAUUGACAUCGACAACUGGUUGGCUUCCACCCCUGACGAUGACGAGGUCGGAGGCGACGGAGCCGCCGCCGAGCGCGCAGGUGAUGGACAGGAAGACGACGAUGACGACGAUGAAGACGAGAGCAGCAGCUCCGAUGAGGACGCUGAGGGAGGGGACGAAACGACACCCAUGAGUGUAAAUUCAGGUCCUCCCGCAGGAGGAGUAAACAACUCCUCGUCUCCGCAUAAUGCAGCCGGGGGAAGCCGCGCGGCCGCGUUCACGUACAACCACUGGGGUUCCUCUGCGGCAGCUGAAUUGUCGGAUACCACUUCUGCCACGCAAGCAUCAAGCAAGAUCAAUCUCGGAGCGUGGGGAGCACCGUCAGGAGCGGCCUCUACCUUAACAGCCUCUACAGGAGGCUGGGGCGCAGCUGCGACCGGAGGAGGUCGACAUGACAAGAUGAACAACAAAGCCUCGUAUCCGUAUAAUGCCACAGGAGCAGGAGCUUCUACAGGAAAGGGAGGCACUAAUGCGGCACCCGGGUUCGGCACUAGUGGCUACGGAGCGGCUGGAGGUGCUUCUGCUGGUGCCGGAUACCAUGUUCAACAUGGUGCUUCUAGUAAAGGAGCAACUUCUACUGGUGCAGGUGGAUCAUCAUGGGCAACUACAACAGCUCCAGGCUUAGCUGCAGGUGGAACGUCAGGAGGACAAGGAGGUGGAGCUCCAGGCUUAGCUGCACCUUCUGGAGGAGGGGCUCCAGCAUCAUCUCAACAUCAGCAGUUUAGUACCACGGCCGCGAACGCUGUCGGGGGCUUUUUCGGUGCCGCGGACGACUCAGAUGAUGAGGACGAGGAAGAGGACGCCGACACCUCUCCACCCAAUACAGGCACACACGCGGAGGCACAACUAAAGGGUGGAGGCACGACUUCUUCUAAAGGUGGAAAUAAAGGCGUUGGACAAGCCACCAGUGCGCAAUACUAUGCUACUCGGAAUAAGCAAGGUGCUGGGGGAAAGUACGGCGCACAUCUUGCUGCGAGCGGAGCAGGGAAAAAUGGCGCAGGAACAAGUGGAGCUGCAGGAGCUGGCGCGGGUUCCUUCGGAGCCGCUGCUGCCAAAGGAGGAGGUCCAGUAGCCGGAGCAGGGGCAGUGAGUUCAGGAGGAACCUACGGAGCAACGAACGCUUCUGGCAAUAGUACUAAGGGAGGAGGUGCCCCCGCAGGAGCAACGUCUGGAAAGAAAGGCUCACCAACGGAGCCUUCUUCUAGCGCAUCUUCGGCCGCUGAGGCAUGGGGAGGCUCUACAGGUGGAGCUGCCUCAGGCUGGUAUCCUUCCGCAUCAGCGACAUCAAAAGGCACGUCUUCAGCAGCUUCAAAAGGUGGCACAACAGCUCAACAAAGUGCUUCUGCAGGAGGUUGGGGACACACUCACUGGGGAAGUAGUGGCUACGGAGGUGGCUACACCGAUGGCACUACUUCUGGUGGUGCGACAGGAGCAGGAACAGACUGGUGGUCCACAGGAGCUGCGUCUUCGACGGCGCAUGGGUCCAAAGGAGCAUUGAGCGGUAAAAAGGGCGUCUCGGCAGCCGCGUGGGGCUCAGCAGGAGGAGGAGGAAAGCAGUUACAUAACGCUCCUUGGGCAGCGUCUCCUGUGGAAGGAGGAAAGAACGGCCUCUGGGACAGCACAGCGAAGGGUGCGAAGGCCGGCAUGAAAGGAGGCAAGAACGCUGCAGCAGGAGCUUUGGGUGCAGUAGGUGGCACAGCACCACAGCACUACGUUGUUGCGGACAACUACACGAACAGUGCGUUGUAUCACACAGGCGCGGUUCACCACCACCCGACCAGCGGCGCGUCCUCGGCUUCUGCAGAGGGAGAAGCAACGUGGCCGCCGGACGGCUCUAACACGACGAUCGAUCAUCAUCAGUACGCGGCCGCAGCGGCCGCUCAUGUGGCCCACGGAGUAGAUCACGGAGGCGCCGUUUUAGGUGCGGACCAGGACUACUACGGAGGCGCAGGGUACACAGCGAGAGCUGCUGCCGCGGCAGCAGCAGCACAGAAACCCGCAGCGAAAAACCCGGGGCUUCCAGCCAACCCUCCGCCGCAUGCGCCAGGCUACCUCACGAAGACACCGGGCGGAGGAAACAUCAGUGCAGCCGCUGUUGCACGUGCGUGGGACGCCGCACAGACUGCAGUUUCCUGGGGACAGGAAGUCGGUCUCGGCUACGCGCAAACAGCCGCCGCCGCCUCCGCUGUACCAGAGCACCAUGAUUACACGAGCAGUGCUGCCGUCACUGCAGGAGCUGUACCAGGAGUAGAUCAUUACUAUGCGACGCAAGCGGCAGUCGCAGCCGGAGCCGCUGCAGCAGCCGCAACAUCGACGCAACCCGUAGUAGUGCAACGUCUAGCCGAACAGCAUAUCGAUCCGACCACUGGCGUCCCCUACCAGACGCGAAAGAAAGCGGGAUCUGUACUUUUUUUAUUGUCGAUUCCUCCAUCAAACUCCUGUUUAGGUCGUUCUUCUACUUAACAGCAUUGUAAUUCAUUGUAUUUUAUUUGUUGUCACAUUGUUCUACUUAUUUUUCGGGCGGCAUGAAUUAGAAUUUGAAUAUGACGAACUACUACAAAUCUCUGUAGCCGACGGUCACAUCCUACUCAAAAAUCUUAAACAAAUAACGGAACGACCUUCCCCACUCUUCCACGACCGACGAACCUCAGACGCAAAGCGCCACCGGUGUCGAUCAUGGAACGAAGAAGAAGUCUCCGUCGUCGCCAGAGCAGGGGCCUUCCGGUGACAUUCCUAAUGGCUGGAAGGAAGCGCAGGAUCCUAAGACUGGUCGCAAGUAUUACUGGAACGUGGCCACAAAGCAGACUCAGUGGAAGAAACCCACCGCAGCUGCCACGGCAACUGCAGGAGCUGGUGGAGGUGGUGCUACUAGUGGAGCUAGUACAACUGGAACUACAGGAGCAGGCGCAGCGGGAACUAGUGCAACGGGAGCUGCAGCUGCAACCGGUGUGACAGCUGGUGGUGUGACAGCUGAGCAAGCCUCUGCAACAGUAGCUGGACAUGAGACCGCAGGAACGGGAUCAAAUGUCGCUGAAGCAGCUGUUUCAGGAGCAAGCAAAGUAAUACUUGUUACACAUUAUAUUCAUUUUUUGUCCUAAGCUGCUAAUAUCAUCUAAGAAUUUUCUUGGUUUUUGUUCUUCAUCACCUUCUUGAACUCGAAGUAUGUUUAUCCUUGACUCUUGUAAUUGCUUACUCACAAAAACUUGCCUCAGUUAUCAGCAUCGGCGCAAGAGUUCAGACCUGGCGCGGAAACGGAGAAUCGAAAUUUUGAGCAUUACGCAGCUACGGCCCAUAGUGCUGCUGCGGCGGCGCACCCAGCGGCCGCGUACCAGUUGAUUCACCCGGCGGCCGCGCUUCACCACCGAGCAGCCGCCGAUCACGCCGCGUACUACUACGCGGCCGCGCAGCAUCCAGCCACGGUCGCUGCUGCCGCGGCGCAGCAAGAGGCGGCGGCCUAUCCACUCGCAGCUGCCGCAGCAUACAUUCAUCCAGCCGCAUACCACCCAGCCGCAGGCGCAGCCGCAGGAGCUACCCAUGCCGUCACGUAUCCGCAUUUGGCACGCACUGGAGCGGCAGCAACGUACAUGGACACCACGUUUCAUCAUGCUGCACAGUAGCUUCGAAACGCCUAGUUGGUAAUGGAGGUAUUAACGCAACAUGAUCAAUAGUAGUUCGGAAUAAGAGCGAACACAAGAACGACAACGGUAUACUUCUCUUCACGCCUGGUCCUCGGUAUACACUCACGCUCAUUUAAGUUGAUGUUCAGAAUCAAGGAAGAGUCACAUCUUCUUACAUGUUCAUAAUUUAAGACGAAGCUCCUGUCAGGGAAAAAUUACAUCUUCUUACAUCAUCAGCACCGUUUUUACAACCGCAGGAAAUGUAUCAUCCCGCCGAUGGCCUAGUAUCGUCAUUUGGGAAGAUGUCGUAUGAUGAUGCAUGAUAAGAUAUGACGGUGUGUAUCCUCUAUGUAUGUGUUUACAACAAUCAUUUUGAUAUAGUAAAACUAGAAGUUGCAAUAAAAAUAUAUCCUAUACCUAUUCUUGUUCCUGAUCCACUACUAGUCUAAGACUCUCCUUCAUCUACAUCAGGUGAAGACAGUGACUUGAGGUAGUAAGAACUUUCGUUUGUAGUAGUUCUGAUGAAUUAUCACAAGACGUUUGGUGCAGGUCGUGCCACGCACCUAUGUAGCUGCAACCACGACUCUUGCUUCCAUCGUUCUCCCUUGUGGAGAUGUCAACAGUCGUGUACUAAGACUGUUGAAUCCUUGUACCAACUGUAGAUGACAGAUUAUUAAUCUGUAAGCAGAAUCCUAUGAUAUUAAUCUUUGUGUCUUAUUAGAGAACCGCGUCGUCGAGUGGUUCGCUAAUCGUCCUAUAAUUUGAACUUCCGCCAGCUGAUGUCGUGAUCUUCAAGUAUGUAGUUUUAUAAGACUACAACAAACUAUUACUAUAACUACGUCAGAAAUCGUAGUCUUCACAGAUAAACUUCUAGAAGACUGUUAAAAUCCUGUCAUGUUGUUGACCAAACCGCCCCUACUAUGAUCUACUCAGUCUGGAACUUUUUGAACUAGGUCAGUUGGUUCAACAAGUCUACCUAGUCUAGCACAAAUUUAUACUUGAAAUCAUGUGGAGGUUAGCCAUAAAAAUAUCCACCUCGUCUAUGCUGACCUACCCAAAAAGACGUUGGAGUGGAUUACCUACUUGUCGCGGCGCGACUAAGAUCAUGGAAGGGUCGAGUACCCUACCUAGUAGUACGGUGCAGCUUUCGAGCAGGUCCGAUGUGGUGACGACCUAAAAAAAUAUUCCACAUGAAACUACAAAUUCUUAUUCUUUGAAAAUAUGUUAAUUUUUCACUCGUCCCGUUCCUGAUUGAUGUGAAAUUACCGAGUUUAAUAGGUUAGUUAGAUAACCAUAACACGAGAAGUUUUUCAUUUGAGUUUUUAUUUUACAUGAAGAUGUUACUCAGGUUAGAAAGUACUGCCUCUGCCAAAAAUAACCUGGUGAGGAGUCAGUUGUCAGAUUCCUCGUCCCUUCUAGAUACCAACAUGACCACCAUCAAUGAAUUUGAUGAAUUGAUUGAUUGAUUAUAAGAGUAGUCAUUAUCAAUAUCUUGUGCUUCUUGAGUGUUGCUCGCUGUGUUUCUGAAUGUAUGAUUUGUGUUGAAAGAGAAUGUUGACUAUUUUUAAUAUUGAGGAGGAGCAAAGAAAACGAAGAGAACAACUACCCUUCUUGAUGAUGCAUUCGACCUUGGACGCGCUAGAUCAUGAUGCAGAGGACACAUCCGCGACAAGACUACAACUACGUCCACCUUCAAGAAGAAUUAUGAAAAAGACAAUAUCCGCCAACCAAACCGUACAAUUCGCCAUGUGACUUAUUUUGGUUUUUGAACUUUUUUGUUAUAUAAGGAUAGUACCCAUGUACUGUAGUUGUUGUCAUUCCUAUUGACACCAGAGUUCUUGCAACAUGCUCUCAU